ACAUACUACACAUACAUAUUUUUUGUGCACGAAGUAAAAGUGAUUUUGUGUGCGUGUGUGAGUGAGUAUGUAUGCCAGGAAUUUGUUAGCUCAGCUCAACUGAGGCAUCGAGGAUCUAGCGGGGGAGGUGUUAUCGCCAACAACAACUUCUCUCACAAAUUCUGAGCAUCAUCAUUGAAUAAGUGGAUAGAUAAAGCUCACUCAAUUCCGCUUAGUCCAAGAGAAUACGGACCACUCGCUCGCUAUCUGUUACUCGUUGGUGGAAUGAGCUGCAAUUUUCAGUGCCACCCAUUCGGAUCGAGUCGGGUUGUUGCUAGACAAGGAGGAGGCGGAAGAACCAGACCUCUGAAAUACUUCAACUUUUAGCGUUUCCCAACCCUCCUUUUGAAGAGGGUGAGUGAAGCGUUGUCGUAUUGGUGAUCUGAAUUUCUGAAUUUCUGAAUCUUCUGAUUGCGUCGUCUCACGCUGAGGCAUUGCUAGCACGUGGUUGAACGGAUUGGACACGACCAUGAUGAGCAACAAUAACUUGGCCCCCUUGACCGGGGAUCUGGCUCUGAGCUUGGAUCAAAGCUGGAAGACCGAGCAGUUCCGUUGUGAGGCGGUUCAAAAGUUAACCCAAGCGUUCCAAGAAUCCCAACGUGGUUCCAAUCGUACUUUGGGCAAUGGCAAGCAAGCUGAAGAGCUCGAGAAGAGCAUUUGCAAGAAGGCCGAAUCCCAAAGGCAAUACUUGGAACUUUUAGAAAAAUGCAUCAACGUGGUUCGCCGCAUGGGACAACAACAGCAACAACAACAGCAACAACAACAACAUCAACAACAACAACCUCAGCCACAACACCUGCCACAACCACCUCAACAGCAACCAGUGUACAACUCAUCAGGAGGGGGAAUCGUGACAUCUGUAGAAUCCCGCCCCCGAUCCACCAACGCCGAGAUGAUGGGUGAUCAUCGACACGCCUCCAUGAGCUUGGUUACUCAACCAGAGGAGCCCAAGAUGAUGCCUCAACACCCUGUUCCACAACAGCAAUUGGGUCCGGGCGGUGGCGGCCCUGUGGGGGUUCAGGGUCUACCCCAUGGGGGUCGCAUGCCGGUCUCUAGCCAGUCCAUGAUGAGCAUGCAGCCUCAACCCGGUCAAAUGGGCAUGCAACACAUUAUCAGGCCGGGCAUGAAUCCGGGCAACAAUCCCGCGGCCAGUCAACUCCAACAGCGACUUCUGGCCAAUCGAGGCAUGCCGGGCCCUGGGAACCCCAUGAUGACCAACCUCCCGCCCAAUAUGGCACCUCGGGGCAUCAAUAUGGGACAGAUGAUGCCCAAUCGAAUGGGUAAUAUGGGCGGGAUGGGUCCAGCCCAGCCCAUGGGUAAUCCAAUGAUGAACCAGACCAGCAUGGGACCAUCGAUGGGACAAAGAGCACCUCCGCCAAUGUAUAAUGUGAGCCCUCACAUCAUGACACCCGGAGGCUCGCCGGCCAAUAUGGGCAUGAUGUCACAAUCCCCGGUAGCCGGACAGUACAUCCAUUCGCCACAGCAAGCCCCUAUUCCGUCUCCGGCCGGUGGCGGAGGGCCUCGUAGUAUGGCUCCUUCCCCGUUAUCGAGCGCAAAUACACCUAAUCCUCAAGAUACCUCUUCCACCCAAGAUGAGCAAGCUUAUCUGGAGAAGGUUCGCCAAUUGGCAAAGUAUAUUGAGCCUCUUAGAAUUAUGAUCUCGAGGAUUGGAUCCAGCGACCAAGUGAAGCUGGACAAGAUGAAGAAGCUCCUUGAUAUCUUGUCCAAUCCUAACAAGCGAAUGCCCAUUGAGACCUUGAAGAAAUGCGAAGAUGUUCUCGUGAGACUCAAGCUCGACACGGAAGUGCGCCCCGAGAGUACUGUCAACCCCCUGCUAGAGGCAGUUUACAACCUUCGCACGUCCUCUAAGACUCAAUCCGUGCAUUUGAAUCACACCCUCCAGCGGACUUUCGGUGCCCCGCUCGAGGCUCUCUACGGCCCUGAGAUCUCUCUUCCUCCUCUUCCCAAACGUCGGCGAGUCGAAGAGGAAUCGCCCAGUGAUAUUCCGCACAUUCUUCAGGGAGAAGUGGCUCGACUUCAGUCACAUUUCAAGGUCCAGUUGGACCAGUCCCAACCGACUCAACACGUCGGUCAGGUCAAUCUCACUUGUCAGCUUGAGGAUCCGAACCUCCCUUCGGUUCCACCCAUAUCGGUGACCAUUCCCGAGGACUACCCGGAUGUUCCACCUAUUUGUGAUGCGGAUCUCACCGAGUAUUUUGCUACCCCAUUCCUUCAGCGGGUUCAAACAGCUCUGACCAGCCGAUUGUCAAAAAUGCCACCGAACUUUACCCUCUCUCAAUUGUUGAGUGCCUGGGAAUUUUCCGUGCGGUCAGCUUGCUCCCCGAAACCCAAUCACGUUACCAUCGGCACCGCCAUAUUUGGUAUGUAGAUGUCUAGAUGUCUCCGUUUCGAUGUUUGGAAGCAUGAUGAGAUUGGAAAAUAAACCUGCGCAACGUA